AUGCAGACAUUUGAUGCAUAUGUAAUCGGAAAGGAUGAUGCCCCUGGAAUCGUUGUGCUUCAGGAGUGGUGGGGUGUUGAUUUUGAGAUUAAAAACCAUGCUCAGAAAAUUUCUCAAUUUGAUUCUGGUUACAAGGCACUUAUCCCUGAUUUGUACCAUGGAAAAGUUGGGUUAGAUGUUGCAGAAGCACAACAUCUGAUGGAUGGUCUUGAUUGGCAAGGCGCUGUCAAAGAUAUUCAGGCUUCAGUUAACUGGCUUAAGUCAAACGGUUCCAACAAGGUUGGUGUUACUGGAUACUGCAUGGGUGGUGCUCUUGCCAUUGCAAGUUCUGUUCUGGUCCCAGGUGUCGAUGCAGUUGUAGCCUUCUAUGGAGUUCCUUCACCAGAACUUGCUGAUCCUAUUAAUGCUAAGGCACCUGUGCAGGCACAUUUUGGGGAAGAUGAUGGUUUUGUUGGAUUUUCAGAUGUAAAGACUGGGAAAGCUCUAGAGGAAAAACUGAAGACAUCAGGAGUUCCACAUGAGGUUUACUUCUAUCCACAGACUGGACAUGCAUUCAUGAACAAGUCGCCGGAGGGUGUUGAGAGGAGGAAGAAAAUGGGGAUGCCUGAUGUAGAAGAUGCUGCUGUCGAGCAAGCUUGGACCCGCUUCCGGUCAUGGAUGAGCCGCUUCUUGUCUGCCUAAGCUGUGGUACUUGUUUUCUGAUUCUAUUGUAGGUUGUGCCUUCUCAAUAAGUUGAUGUGUUUUGAUGCUCCAGAAUGUUUCCUGGAUGCUUGCUUUUGGAACUCGGUUCCUACGGUUCACAUUUAAAACUAAGUAUUCUGGAGAUCGGAUAUACGUGUUGUCUAUAGGGAUCUUUGGGGUAUUCCAUAUUAGUGCACUUUGUUACUCUGA